AUGACACGGCCACCGACCGAGAUCCUGGUGCACAUUGCUGCAGCCAGCAGCGCAUCCGACGAUGUUCGAUAUCGCACCCUGGCACAGGCAUAUGCCGACUAUGAGCCGGCAGCACGAGUCAAUGUCGGGACGGUGUCAUUUGUGAAGGAUAGUGUCGGUAGUGUCGACAAGGCCAGCCGCGUCGGCAGCUCGGGUGAACCCGCGCAUGUUGUUAGUUUUGAAGAAUAUCGGCAACCCGUGAGCAGCACAGCCAUCGACGGGCAAAUUGCGGACAGCCAGUCAUUGCGGUCCGUGAGCUUGUCCUUUGAGAGCGUAUGGGACAAUGUCACGUCGCCAGGUGUUGUGCCAGUGCCCUUGCCAGUGCCGCCCCCUCGCCCAGAGGUCCACAAACGACACCUGCACUAUGUGUCGCCCAACGACUACAUCCCAGACUCGCAGUCUGGCGACGAGCGCCGGACGCGACGGAGACGCAUGACGGACCGCGAAGACAAGAACAGCACCGCUCUGUCAGAGCGCGUCUUUGGCGUGUCUCGCGUUGAGGAGACCCGCAUAGAGGAGACACAGGAUCUGCUGAGCAGCCGUGUCACGGACAACCACACCAUCGCCGGCGAUAUCCGAAUCCACGCGGCUGCCAGCCCAGACCUCAGCACCAUGCACUUGGAUGUGGCACAUCUGACGGACAGGGUGCUCGGGGAUUCACAGGACUGGCUGCCGUCACACCGAGGACGUCCACAGAGACUCGCACUUGGACAACGGUCUGCAAACUCUCAGCAGUCGCCACGGAACGAGGACAAUGACACAUUUCUCAAGAGAAGCCCACCACUGCACGAGUGGGACGCGAUUCCGUCUUCCGCUCCUGGCUCUUCACCAGACCUGGGAGCUGGCCAGCCUGUUGGCCUUGGCGUCGAUGUGCCAUCUUCGCUGCCCGAAGAAUCAGGCAAAGUGGUCCUUACGGUUGCGUCGUCUUCCUGCGAACAACUAGGGCUGUCGGCAGGUUUGUCGUCGUCUGUUGUUUCGGGUGUUUCGGGCUUACUGAGGGCCGAUUCGGAGCCCAUCAGGACGAAACGCCAGAGAGAGUCUGAUCAUGAAAGUAUAAGGACCAGCGGUCUCGACCACAAAAAGCAGAACUUGCAUGCGAGGCGUGCAAGCGAUAUUGGGCAACCAUCACCGAAGAAAGUGCGGGGUGACCUGGUCUUUGAAGCGGGAUCUUCUAUUGCGAGUCCGGGCAAAACCGGUACGGCGAUGAACGUGCCGAAUGGCACGCUCCGCGACCUUUCACAACCCUUUCCCUCAUCGUCACCAACGGCGAGCGCGCCUGGACUGUAUCUGGACCAAACAGUUCGCAUCAUCUCGCCGGAUCCGCCCGUCUCAUGCGAGCAUCUCGACCCCGCUGCAUUGGUCACCGACAAGAUGGCGAAGCUCGCCAGCGAUCUCGACCUCGAGCGACGUUACCGGCCAUCACCCUCGCCAGACAGCCGAGCCGUGCGUCCUUUUGAGAGAGGCUACUGGCGUCUUAGCACCGCGAGCUGGCCUGCCACCGUGCGCCAGCAGGCCUGGUCGUUUCUGAAAACGUACAUUGGUGCUGGGGAUGCCGGUUGGAGUGUGUGGUGCUCGCGGGACCCGGCCCCGCACACCUGGUUGCGGUUGUCGUGCUUUGCCGCUACAGCCGGCCACACCUACCUGAUCCUAUACCUGGCCAGCCAACGACACAUCUUGGCGACGGGCGCCGUUUGGCUGGAUGCAUCGGGUACGCCGACGAUAACGGUGCCGCCGCGCAAGAGGAAGCAGACGAGUGGCAGCGCGGAUGUCUUUACGAAUACAUACUGA